AUGUAUAUUGAAUCUCAACAAAGAAUCAACUUGAUUGCAUGGGUGACAUCCGAGUCAACAAGAGAAACAAUCAUUCCAACCCUAGAUUUUCAAAAACCACCAAAUUUGUUGAGAAGUCUAAGCCCAGGCCAAAGCCAGUUAAGCCCCUUGAAGCCUAAGGCUAAUGAGGAUGUUGUGGAAGUUGCUGAGACACUAUACAAUACAAUGGAAAUUGAUGAGCCAAACCAGGAGGACAUUCUCAUCCAAUUGCUAUUUGCAAACCGACGUACAAAUCUCCAUGUUAUGCAGGCUUGCCUCAAUCAGACGACUCCACAUGAUCGCGAUGAAGUCACAGAGAUGUCCAAGGACAAGAAGUUUCUGGACAUUCUCAAGGAAAAUAUUGACAGCUAUGGGGAUAAAGUUACAGAAUGGCAAGCAACUAACCCUGAUGAUCAAGGUGUCUUAACCUACUGCCUCCAAGCACUCACAGAAUACAUCAAGUGCACUGUCAAUAUUUUCCUUGAGAAUGUCCAGAAACUUCUUGUCCUUGGACAUCUCUGUGACUUCAUCGCGAUCAUGUGGAGUCGUCUGAUUGAGGCAAGCCUGCAUAACACGGAGAUUUGUCCAUCCAUUGAAUGUAUUUGA